AUGGCGGCGCGAGCGCUGCGCGCCGGCGGAGCGGCCUCAGCCAGCGGCUUCCUGCGGCGGGCCAGCCCCGGCAGCCUCCUGCCCGGGCUCCGGAAAUUGACAUCUUCCAAUAACAGACCUCGAGAGGACAGCUGGUUAAAAUCCUUGUUUGUCCGGAAAGUUGACCCAAGGAAAGAUGCUCACUCUAAUCUCCUAGCCAAAAAGGAAACCAGCAGUCUGUACAAAUUACAGUUUCACAAUGUUAAACCGGAAUGCCUAGAAGCAUACAACAAAAUUUGUCGAGAGGUGUUGCCAAAGAUUCAUGAAGAUAAACAUUACCCUUGUACUUUGGUGGGGACUUGGAACACGUGGUAUGGCGAGCAGGAUCAAGCUGUUCACCUUUGGCGGUAUGACGGAGGCUAUCCAGCCCUCACAGAGGUGAUGAGUAAACUCAAAGAAAAUCAGGAAUUUUCAGAAUUCCGUAAGGCAAGAAGCAACAUGCUUCUCUCGAGAAAGAAUCAGCUGCUGUUGGAGUUCAGUUUCUGGAAUGAACCCAUCCCACGGUCAGGACCGAACGUAUACGAACUCAGAUCCUACCAGCUCCGACCAGGAACUAUGAUUGAAUGGGGCAAUUACUGGGCUCGUGCCAUUCGCUUCAGACAGGAUGGUAAUGAAGCAGUUGGAGGGUUCUUCUCCCAGAUUGGGCAGCUCUAUAUGGUGCACCAUCUUUGGGCUUACAAGGAUCUUCAGACCAGGGAAGAUAUACGGAAUGCAGCAUGGCAUAAACAUGGCUGGGAAGAACUAGUAUAUUAUACAGUCCUACUUAUUCAGGAAAUGGAAUCCAGAAUCAUGGUCCCACAGAAGACCUCGCCCCUCCAGUGA